UGUAGCAACAUUACAAUGUAUUCAUUUUUCACUAUCAUUGUAUGUAACGUAGCUUACAGUCAUUGUCUUGCUGAGUACGAAUUGUUCCCCGGCUUUGAUAUGACGAGUUCAUUAAACAAUACAACCGAAACAGAUUUCGAUUUUAACAUUGAAAGUUUAAAAAUUGAUACCACAGACAAUCAGACCAGCAAACCUGUAACUGAGAACAUAAUUAUAGCAUCUACAAUAAAUACAACUUUUGAGUGUCCCGAAGAAGAACGACCGUCCAAUAUCGGCCCAUACGAAGUACCAACUCAGCGAGACUUGGUGCUGCUCAUACGGAAGACUCUGAGUGACAUGUUCAACAGUUACCACGAAAAGGCUUUAUACUUACUAAAAGAUAUCAAAGAGGCAACUAAAGCGACAUCUGACAUUGAAAAGAAAUGUCAAGGGAAUAAAUAUAAAUACAGAAAAUGCGUAAGAAAAGUAAGCACCCAGUGUCAAUUUAUCACAAAGAGUCUAGUAAGUUCGUUAGAAAGGCAGAGGCAGGAUGUGACGGCAUUUACUAAUGAUAAAAUUUGUAAUAUGACAUCAAUGAAGCUAGAUCCCCUACAGCUGGUGAACACGUUAGCAAUGGAGGAGGCAUCCUUGGAAUUUUCGCUCCCCGGAUUCUUGAGAUUACUAAAUUCGUGUUCUUUUCAUUGUUCGAUUGGUUACGCCCAAACUUUUGGACCAAAGCCGUUACGUCACAUAACGGACCAAGAGCUGGUAGUGAAACACUUUUUGACUAAAAAAGACUACAUUCAACUUAUGAACGUUUAAAUUUAGUUAUUUCUUAACUUGUUACAUGUAAAUAAAUAAAUAAAACGUAUGUUUUUUUU